AUGAUCUUCACAGAAGUCGAGAUCUUUGACAUUGUAUUUAGCUUUGCUGUGCGGAUGGUUGCAGGCCUGAGGGCGCUGCAGGAGAUUCUACUUGAUACAACCUACGAGACCUCGGAAAUUGGGUGGAUGACCUACCCAGAAGGAGGGUGGGAUGAAGUCAGCGUCCUAGAUGGCCAACGCCGCCUCCUGCGUACGUACGAGGUUUGCAAUUCAUACGCUCAACGUUCCAACCAGAGCAACUGGCUCCGCACCAGUUACAUCGCCACCCGCGGUGCCCAACGCAUCCAUGUCACCCUCCGUUUCUCAGUACGAGACUGCGCCAGUUUACGACCACCACCAGGAAGACGUCACCUGGCCUGCCGGGAGACCUUCACGCUUUUUUAUCGACAAGCCGAUGCCGCCAUGGAAGCUGAGGACUGGGAGUGGGCAGAGGAGGCCUGGACGAAAGUAGAUACCAUUGGAGCAGGCAAAAGCUUCAGUAGGGACCCGGGUAAGGGCGGGCAAGGUCCACGGAUGGACGAGAGGCCUUUAGAUUUCGGGCCGGUCCGUAGAAAUGGAUUUUAUUUGGCCUUCGUGGAUUCUGGGGCCUGCCUCUCCUUGGCUGGAGUCAAAGUUUUUUUUCACAAGUGCCCAGCCACUGUCCGGAGCCUGGCAUCCUUCCCCGAGACGCCAUCCAGAGGAGAAGGAGGGGCAUCACUGGCUGAAGCCUUGGGCAGCUGCGUCAUUGGAGCUCACCUUUUUGGGACCACGAGGCUCAGUCUACACUGUGGAGGAGAGGGGGAAUGGAUGGUGUCUAGCGGAAGUUGUGCCUGCAAUCCGGGAAGAGAAGUGAGUGAAGAUGGAACUCAGUGUCGGGCGUGCCAGCCUGGGACAUACAACCCGUCCGAUGCCUCAACAGAUCGCUGUCAUUCUUGCCCAAGUAACAGCAACUCUACAACUUCCGGGGCACUUACUUGUACGUGUAACAAGGGAUUCUACCGCACCCCCGAGGAGUCCCCAAAUUCUCCCUGUACAGGACCCCCUUCGCCACCUUGGGAUAUGAAUUAUGAAGUGACAGGUCCCGGAGGUAUUUCCCUGACCUGGAGGACUCCUAAGGACUUGGGAGGUCGGAAGGAGGUCCUGUAUUCAGUGGCGUGUAAAGAGUGUAUGAAUGGACGCUGCCUCCGGUGCGGGGAUGGAGUGAUGUUCAGACCCGGCCAGGUGGACCUCACCCAGACACGUGUCCAUCUCACUGGUCUCCUACCGGGAGUGGCCUACACCAUGGAGGUGCAGUCAACCAAUAAGGUGUCCGAACUGAGCGCUGAACAGCCAAAACAGGCCUCUGUGAACCUCAGCAUCAGCCAGUCAGUGCCAUCUGCUGUCCCCAUAAUACACCAAGUAAGCCGGUCCACUCAGAGCAUCACCUUAUCCUGGCCCGAACCGGAACAACCGAACGGCAAGGUCCUUGACUAUCAGCUGCGUUACCGUGAAAAGGCAGACGAGGGGGAGUCUCUGUCUCUAAUCAGUGAGACAAAUACAGCUACAGUUGGGGGUCUCAACCCCGGAGCGAUUUAUGCCUUCCAGGUGAGAGCCCGGACGGAGAGCGGCUUCGGGGCCUACAGCGGCAACAUGUACUUCCAGACUCUGCUGGGAGGUGAGUGCAGCGAACAGGCGGAAGUAUCACAAGACAAGCUACCUCUUAUUGUUGGAUCCUGCCUGGGUGCUUUGGCCUUCAUUGGAAUCUCCAUCAUGCUCAUCCUCAUCCUUCUCUUCAAGGGUAAAAGAAGAGAAAAUCCAUAUACUGACAGGCUGCAGCACUAUAUCAGUUCAAGAGGUUUAGGAGUGAAGUAUUACAUUGAUCCUUCAACAUACGAGGACCCCGCGGAGGCUGUGCGAGAGUUUGCCCGAGAGAUCGAUGUAACCUUUGUGAAGAUUGAAGAGGUGACGGGAGCAGGAGAGUAUGGCGAUGUGUGUCGUGGCCGCCUUUGUCUCCCUGGAAAAAGAGAGAUAGCUGUGUGUAUUCGCACGCUGCGCUCAGGGAGUGGAGACAAGGAACGUGCGGAGUUCCUCAGUGAAGCAAGCAUCAUGGGACAAUUUGAUCACCCCAAUGUCGUGCGCCUUGAAGGGGCUGUGACUCGAAGUCGCCCCAUAAUGAUCCUUACAGAGUACAUGGAGAACGGGGAGCUGGAUGCAUAUCUUCGACAAUGUGAGGGUGGUAUGUCGGCCCUGCAGAUAGUCUCUAUGCUGCGUGGAGUCGCAUCAGGUAUGCGUUACCUUUCGGAGAGAAGUUACGUUCACAGGAAUCUCGCUGCUCGCAGUGUCUUGGUGAAUGGCCAGCUGGUGUGCAAAGUGUCCGGCUUACGUGGGCCCGGAGAUGUGGUAAGCCCCUUACUGUUCAGAAUAUUGGGAGUACCAGCAUCGUUACGUUGGAUGGCACCUGAGGCUCAUCAGCAGCGGAAAUUCUCCAGCGCGAGUGAUGUCUGGAGCUAUGGGAUCGUCAUGUGGGAAGUGGCAUCCUAUGGAGAAAGACCAUAUUGGGACAUGAGCAAUCAAGAGGUGCUGGAUACCAUCGAGCAGGAAUACCGUCUUCCUCCACCCCCCGAAUGCCCAAGUGUCCUGCACCUCUUAAUGUUAGACUGCUGGCAGCGGGACCGUCCUCAGAGGCCGCGAUUCGAACAGAUUGUCAGCUCUUUGGAUCGGAUGAUCAGGAACCCCAAUUGUUUGAAAACAGUAGGAGUUUCAGCCAGUAGACCCUCUCAGCCUCUUCUGAGCAAUUGUCCUCCAGAUCUCCCCUCCCUCUCAUCACCCCAUGAGUGGCUGGAGGCCAUCAAAAUGGAACGAUACAAGGAGAACUUUGACAAAGCCGGAUAUACGAGCCUAGAUGUCAUUUCUCGUCUGACUGCUGAAGAUAUCCAGCUAAUUGGUGUGACACUUUCUGGCCACCAGAAGAAGAUACUCAGCAGCAUCCAGCUUCUGAAAGCUCAUCUACAGCCGUUAGAACCUGUUGAAGUCUGAAGCCUUGGCAGAGACUGGCGUUUGUUGCGGCUCGGGAGGCGUUAAAGGCCGUGAGAGGCAGGGUGACUUAAGGACACAAGACAGACUUAUGCAGAAAUAUCAGGCAAGACUCACAAAUUCACUGAGACAGGACUAUGAUCAAGAGGACCACUGACUGACAUUAAUCUCUCAGCGACGCUACAGGUCAGCAUGCCUCCAGAGGACGCAAAGCCAGACAACUCAAUCAAUCAUAUGCCACAAGAUC